AUGUACAAUCAUCUCCAAUCAGGCACAAUACCGAACCUCCGCGUUUCUUACGUCGCGUGCGAUUGGCAGCGCCAAUCGCACUUCCUGCCGGGGGCGGCUCGACCGGCAGGAAGUGCGCUCGGUAACAACUUCCCCUCGGAGAACUUCCCCUCGGAGAACUUGCACAACUGGCGGUCGUACGUGCGUCUCGGUAAAGGCGCAGCAUUACACCCCUCGUUGGUGGGGGCGUUCUUUAACAACUUUGGUGAUUUGCCUGUAGAAGAGUCUGGCUCGUCCGUAGCGGCAGAAAGUGAGUACGUGACGGAUAGCGAGCUCGGCUUUUAUUUCGGCGUUGUUCCACCAUAGGAAAAGGAAACCUCUAGAAAUUCGAACAAAAAAAGAUUACAACACAUAAGCAUUACAAUAGAAACGUGCGAGGAGUUUUACACGAAGAUGGUUUUCGCGAAUUUGUAUAACAAAUUUAUCAAUAAAUAUAUCAAGGUCAUUCAUCAACUAAUUCAAAGGCAGCUGCGCCACGGCAUAUCAUGAUUAAGAAACAAGCUUGUGAAAAUCGGGAUUGGUUCUGAAGUCGUGGCAGUGACCACGCUUUUGCACUUUAGACACUCCUCGAGAUGAUCAUGAUUUUCGCUCCCUUGUUGGAAGCGCUAUACAAACUAACAUAUCUUCCACCAAGCGUGCUACAACAUAUGCUUGCUUUUUAUGCUUUUCUGCACAAGAAGGAUGCGAGCGCGAGGUCCAACACGCCUCGCGUUUUUCAAGAUUGGCAUAUACUCUUUGUACGGCUAGACAUAAAGUAGAAAGCAUAUUACCGCUGCAUCCUUAUCGCUCGUAUUUCACGUUAGUGUCAUAAACAUUUGAAUAUGAAUUAGUUGUAGAAAGUAUCUGCGCGUCUGCGUCCUGGAGGACAAUGGAUCGACGCAGUGAGUCGGCAUGUCUUUUUACAUGGCUUCCUGUCAAGAAACAAUCCUUCCGGCUUCUCUCUUCCCUGUCUAUCCUGUGAAACAACUAUGGGGGAGGCGAUUGUAACCCUGAUUGUGCUUGAUGGACCGGACUCAGCCUAUGCCUUAGAGGAUUUGACAUAUCUGAGCUUUAUUUGAUUCAUUCUCAUACGAUUUAUCUCUACUUGAAGAUAAGGAAUGGUUAGUCAUAUUGCAGCUCGUGUUGAAGAUAGGAAUAUCCUCAUUGCAACUGCUCUGUUGAUUCAGGCGACGUGUAAAAUAUAGUGCGAAACCAUGUAGAUGUUGAAGACUUCCUAUCGCGACGUGAUGUUGCGGAUCUGAAACGAACUCUGACAGCUCGUACGCAACCCGCUGCAUAUCACCUAUUGCACGCUAGAUGACGAUAAUGCCGGAAG